UAAUCACUAUUAAUAAGUUAAUACUUUAAUCACAACAACAUAAGUGAUUUCAUCAAUAAUACUUUUAAAUAAAUUAUGUUUUUACAUAUUACCUACAAUAUAUUAGUAGUAUUAGCUAUUGUAGAUGGAAGUAUUCGUCCAGCAGUUUCUUCUUUGAAAUUUGCAGUAGUGAUUUUUCGUCAUGGUGAUAGAGCUCCAUUUUUUAAUUAUAAAUUAAAUCCUUACACCAAUUUCUUUCCUGAAGGUCCAUACCAAAUAACAAAGUUAGGUAAACAACACAUGUUUAAGAAAGGGCAGAUUAUGCGUCGACUUUACGAUGGUUUCUUAAGCAAUUUAUAUUUAGAUAGUGAAAUAUACACAAAAACUACUAAUGUAUCUCGAACACACAUGUCUGCCUCUAUGCUCUUAACAGGAUUAUACCCUCCGACAGAUUAUCAAAUAUGGUCGGAUAAAAAAACACUGUGGCAACCGAUUCCUAUUUAUGGUAAUUCUCCGGACCACUGUGACGGAGCAAUUGGUUAUUGUCCUGCAUUUGAGUCAGUCGUAGAAAAAGCUUAUGUGGAACUUUUUAAUAACAGUUAUAUGACAGUAAUAGACAACUUACUUCCAUAUCUCUCUGAGAAAUGUGGCCAAAUCAUUGAUCGAAAAAAUAUUUUUGGACUCUAUGAUUUACUAACAUGCCAAAAAACUUUUGGUUUACAAUUACCAGAAUGGCUGAGUCAGAGUAAUUACGAAAAAAUAAAAAAUUAUGUCCAUGGAAAACAUUUUAUGAAGGUAUUAUUUGGAAAUAAUAGAUUACAGAAUAUUUUUGCAGGACCGCUAAUGAAAGAAAUAACAUCAUUAAUUGCAGAAAAAUCUAAGGCGAAUACAACUGAACUACGAAAAAUGUAUUUAUACUCUGGUCAUGACUUAAGUUUAGGGUUUUUAGCUAACAUUUUAGAUAAUGAAUUGGAUGUUUUCAACUUUGGUGGUUCUCUACAUUUUCAUUUAUAUCAUUCCAAAGAUACGUUUUCUGAUAUUAUUAAAGUAUUUUUUUUUAAACAAUGGGAUGAUGAUAAAGGUAUAGAACUCUCGAUGUCAAACUGUAAACCACCUUGCAAAGUUUCUAAAUUCGCUAAAAUGGUGAACGAGAAAAUUCCUAAAACUAGAAAACAGGAAUGCCAUGAUUUGUAGAAACACAUGUGUAUUUUUGUCGAAAAAGUGAUCAUUUUUUAUAUCAUACGAUUACAUUAUAAUUAGUUGUCAAUGAUAUACAGUUUUUAUAAAAUAUAAAACGAAUAUUAUUUGUAAAUUAUUUUUAUAAUUAAGUAUUACUAUGUGAUUUAGAUUGUUUUUCAUAAUUGAUAUUUUAAAUGCCUGAAAUGUGAAUAUAACUGUUAUUCAAUUUUUUAAUUAAAUAUAAAAUACAUAAGCUAUUAUAUCUAUUUAGAAAAAAUUUUAUAAAAGAACAAUUAUAAUAAAUAAAUAUAUAGUGUCCAGUAAGUAAGAGAACGGGUUUCUAUUGUUCUCAAUGUUAGUAACAAUUAACCUGUUUCUUAAACUACUGAACACUCGGUAUAUUAUAAUGAUUAAA